AUGGUAUGUUAUAGUUUAUAUUGGUAAUUAGUAUUCUAUUAUUUGGUUGUUGAGGAAAUUGUGGUUUUCCUUGGCGUAGUUUUAACCUUAUGCCCAAAAGUGAUGCAUAACUUUUUUUAGAACUUCUUUUUUUAUGUAUUUUGCGGAUGUUUCUUUAACAAUUUAGAUAUUUUUCUUGUAAUCUUUUGACAAAAAAAGUAUUUACAUCAAUUUUAGGCUGCUCCACCUCCAGAAGUUAUGCCCUUACAUGAACCUCAAGUUGAUGUUGUUCAAAUCGACAGUUUGGUAAGUUUAUUAUCUUUAUUGCUUUUUAUGUUCAAUAUUUAGGUUGUUAUGAAGCUCGUGAAGCAUGUGGAUUCGGAAUUCUACUCAGGCAUGUCUGAAGUGGCAGGAGAAGCUUGUCAAGGUAUUUUGACCGGUUUGAUCUCUGCUGAAGACAGAAGACUUGAAAUCACGAACUGCUUCCCCACUCCACGUCCCGAGCUCUUGAUGGAUGCUGAUGAUAAUGGUCAACCCAACUCGCACAGUGUUGAGGACAAACAAAACGAGAUUAUGGACAUGUUGAGGAGAUUUAGGUAACAGUUAUCUUGUUUUACAUGUUUUAGGGUAAAAAAAUGUAUUGAUGUUUUGCUGAUCUUCUUAUUAUAGCGUUUUUUACUAAUAUUAUGAUCACAAUGAAUGUUUUAGACGGAUGAACAUUGAUUACGAACUUGUCGGCUUCUACCAGUCUCAUUUGUUUGGGGCUUGUUAUAGUCAAGAGAUGGUCGAGAGUUUGUUUGAUUACCAAGACAGUUUGUUCGAUGGCGUUAUUCUAGUUUAUGGUACGUUUGACCUUAUACUAGGUCCUUUCUUUUUAAAUUAUACUUUAUCGCUAUCAUAAUGUAAUUUACCUUAUUUUAGACCCAGUAUCAACACGCCAAGGACGAUUGGCCAUUCGUGCUUUGAGAUUAACACCAAAAGCUUUCGACCUUUAUCAAAACACUGAUUUCUCGCCUGAAGCGUAAGUAAUAUUAUUGAUAACAUCUUAUUUAUUGCUAUGAUGUCUCAUGUUGCAGUAUUCUACCUAUAUUAUGGUAAUUAUCAGUUUAAAAUAUUAGUUUAGACACAAGUUACCUUUUAAUUUUUAGUUUGAAGAAUUCCGGAGUAACGUACUCGAACCUGCUGGAAGAACUCCCAAUCUUCAUCAAGAACUCGCAUUUGAUGAAUGUUAUGUUAGCCGAACUUAAGCUUAUCCAUCCAAAGAAAUCAGCUCCUCACCUUGAAUUGGGAACUAGAGGAAGUCUGGAGAAGACUUUGAGAGCUAUGGUUAGUAAUGUCGAGGAGUUGAACAAGUCUAUCACUGCUUACAACAAGUACACCUUGGAGAAACAACGUUACGACGCCGUAUUGAACUCGCUUAUUCAGGUAAAUUUGAAGUCUAUAUUAUUUUUAUGGUUUUAGAUGUCAAUUAAGGUUUGGGAUAGAAAAGAGCAUAAGUAUAUGAUUUCCUUGAAUAAUAUUGAGGUAUUUCACUCAUUUUUAAAAAGGCGCCAAAACUUUAAUCUUUAAAUUUAGAAGCGCCAAAUUGAAAACGAAGCCCGAGCAGCUCGUGGUGAACCUCGUUUGUCAGUCGAAGACCUUAAACGUCAACAAAAACAACCCCAACUACAGACCAAGAACGGUAUGUUGGAGUUGUUCUUGAACGCCGCCGACACCGAUGCCUACGCAAACUACACAGCCAAGACGACGGCUGAAACCAUCUCUAAGUUGUUCAUCUCAGAGUCGGCCGGACAAUCGGCCCAGGUUCCAACUGAACGCGAAACCCCAUUGUAA